UCCAGGAGCGGGCAGACGAAAACCCCAAACAACGCCCGAACGGGCAGCAAGCGUAGGCGGAGCCCUGAGGUCCCAAAAAGCCCAGCCAAUCGCCUAGACGCACGGGAGGGGACCCAGCAUGUGCAGGGGGCAGAGUCGAGGCGGGGCAGAGUCGAGGUGGGCCGGAGCGCAGGGCGCACGCGCAUUGGGCCGUGCUGGGGACUAGCGGGGCCAAGGGCCAGUAGGGAGCGGAGCCGGGGCGGGCAGGAGCGCAAGGCGCAUGCGCACACGGCGCGGUGCCGCGGAGCCGGAAGGACCCCAGCGCAUGCAGGGGGCGGAGCAGAGAGCGGACCGCAUGCAGAGGCGCACGCGCUCGUGAAUCAGGGACCGAGGAUGCCAUGGCGCCGCCUCCGCAGAUUCGGGUCCUGCGGUGCUGCAGCUGCCGCCUCUUCCAGGCGCACCAGGUGAAGAAGAGUCACAAAUGGACAUGCAAAGCUUGUGGAGAGAAGCAGUCAUUUUUGCGGACUUACGGUGAGGGCUCUGGUGCUGACUGUAGACGCCACGUCCAGAAAUUAAAUCUGCUGCAGGGACAGGUUUCAGAGAUGUCACUCAGGUCCCUGGAAGAACCUAUAAAUGCCAAUGAUGAGAAAAAUGCAGGUCCUGGGCAGGCCAAGCACACGUGUCUGCAGGAGAAAUCUCCACCCUCCGAGAACCGCUGGCUGAAGUACCUAGAAAGGAGCUCUGAAAAGGUGGGGCUGAAGGAAGGCGUGUGUUUCAGCAGGCAGCCCUCGUCUGCAACCAAGAAGCCAUACUCUCCCAAUACCAGCCUGCCCAGAAAAAGGAGAUGGAGCCAGAGCACGGCCCGGCCUCCAUGCAUCCCCAGUGGUCAAGACUUGGGGAACUAUGAGGACACCUUGGAGACCCAGAAGGAUCACACUGGCCUGGCAGAGUUGGUUGGAGAAGGAAGCUGUUGCGAGGACUGGGACACCAGGGAGUUCACUGGUCCUUGGCAGGGACCACCGUGUCCUGCCCAGUGGGUCAGGGCCACAUCUUCUAAGUGGGAUCAAUUUCUUUUGACACCUGGAAACAGCUCACAUGUGGACACCGAACCCCUGACACCCCUGCAGAGGAGCCCCAGGCCAGGUGGGGGAGCACAAGCUGAGCAGACCCCCAGGGAAGGGGGCCUCAGCAGGACCGCCGGUGUGCUUCAGCUCUCUCAAGCUACACACACUCCUAUGGCUGAGCCCAAGAGGCCCUUUGGGGAGACCCCCAAGCACAUAUGGGGCACAGGCCCUCAGGCAGAGGGUGGGCCCUUGGUCAAAGGGGCACAGGAGCCUGGACCUGUGCGACUGGGUGAUCUCUUUAACACCGGUGAGGACUUUGAUGACGAUCUGUGAACAGGCCAGUGUGCUAUUACAUGUUUGUUACGGAACAGGCCAGUGUGCUAUUACAUGUCCACUAGACUCCGUGUCACUGGAAACAGGGUUCCCGAGGUGCUUUUAAAUAGGACUGAAGAUUCAUGGGAACUACCCAGACCAACAAUAAACAUUGCUAUCAAACGGA